AUGCUCAGCCCGGCGAUGCUCAAGUCGAUGGGGAGACGGACAUCGAGAGAGGUCAAUCUACCCCUCGACAAGAUCAGACAAGAUUCCAAGGGAAACCUAUUACCCUUGAUCGAAGAUGAGGAAGUUAUGCAGUACCAUGGACGGCGAAGAGCCUCGAACCACUCGAUUCUCGACUUUGAUGGCGACACCGCCGUCAUGCUGCGCGGGGUCUUCGAGCAGGAAGUCCUCCCCUCUCGUUCCAACGCCCGUCGAGCUUCCGUAAUGUCGAUGAAUCAGAGACAAGAUCGUGAACGUCGAGCCAGCCUUACCGCUAAUGUUAAGAUCCAGCCACACCAAUAUACAGAAGAUCCGACGGUCGCUUGGGAAAUGUUGAAAGCAAAACGGCCGGUGAAGCGAGUAAUUCAGAUGAAACUCGACACCCCAAUCCGACCCGACCACGUCAGAUUCGUGUGCGUCUCCUGCACGCACGGCCAGCCACUUCCACAUUUGCCAGACGGCGACGUCUUGAUAGUGGCCGGCGAUUUCACGUCGUGUGGCCUGCCCAAGGAAGUGAAGAAUUUUAAUGCGCAACUAGCUAAUACCCGACACGCCUACCGUAUCCUGAUCGCUGGAAAUCAUGAGUGCACAUUUGACGAGACGUUCCUAAAGUCACAAAAACGCGAGAUCGGUGAGGCCAAAGAAGAAGCCCUGAAACAAGCCCUCCUCUCCGCCCUCCAUUCCGCAAAAAUGACAACACCACGCCCGCUCCUCACCAACGGUCUCUACCUUCAGGACGAGGUCAUCGAGCUGUUCGGCAUCACCAUCUACGGAACACCAUGGCAACCCCGCGUCGACAACUGGGCCUUCAACCUGUCGCGCGGGCUUCCGCUGCUCGAGAAAUGGAAUCAGAUCCCGACUGGGGUUGACGUCCUCAUCACGCAUACACCACCACUCGGCCACGGUGACCUAAUGGCGAACGGGCAGCGGAUGGGCUGCGUCGAGUUGUUGAACACGGUCGUCAAGCGGGUCAAGCCCAAGUACCACGUCUACGGUCAUAUUCAUGAGGGAUAUGGCUGCAGCUCGGACGGGUACACCAAGUUUAUCAACUGCUGCUCGACGGACCAUAACUUGGACCUGGUGAACAGUCCGGUUAUAUUUGACAUUCCGGUCCACCCCACCACCAAGCAGUACUACCUCAACAACAUCAAAAAGGUCACGAAACGCAUCCAGAAGGAGCAGUUGGAGCGGAAA